GUGAUUUUGUUUUGUUGCUGAGACGAUGACGUGUCUGUUUUGUGGUACGUUACAGUCGAACCCGUAUUUAUGUAAUAUCUUUGGUUUAAGGGUUAACCUAACCUCACAUCAGCUGUAAAAAACAACAACAACAACAACAAUGUUGUUGUAGUACUAAUUGUACCAAGUAAAAACGCUACGCUCAUGACAACAACGUAAAACUGUGAAGCUAAUUGUGUCUAGCUAACCUUUACGAAUUAGCUAGACCUUGGUCACUGCUGGCUGUACAUGCCAAAAUGUAUUUUGUGUUGUUAAACUAGCUAUAGAUCCACUGUCGUAUGUUUGCAAGCCGUAUGAUAUUUUUCACUAGCCUGCUGAGGAGAGGACUCUGUGUGAAACCAUUCUGGGACCAUCGUUACCAAAACACUUCGGUGGUAUUACUGAAUGAGGUUGUAUUCAUGACUGCACUGUCAGACUUGGAGCCUGCUAAAAAGAGACAGCGGGUUGAAUUUGGCCUCCAAGCACCUGUCGGCUCAAGGAGCCCUCUUUCAUUGGCAUUUAAAGCAAGUUCCAAAGAGGCAAGUCUACACGCAAUGGAGGGGCAGGAGCAUAGUGCCAAAGCAACAUCUCUUAGUCAGAAAAACAAUCCCAAGUCCCAACAGAAUAACCCUGAUAAGUGGCUGUUGGAACUUCCCCAAAGCACCACAAGCCCAGCUUCUGACAUGUGUGAAGCUGCUGAACAACAACUGGAGGAUGUAGAGAUGGUGAGUCCAGAAAGCUCCGAGUCUGGCUGCAGUCACCACAUCCAGUUUAUGGAGACCGAGACUGAGGCCCAGACCCACAGUUCAGACUCUGAGGAACCUGUUGUCUCUAGUAUUAUAGACCUGGAGGAUGAAGAGACAGCGCCCUUAACACCAUCUGACAGCUUAAAGGAUCACAAACUAGUCUUGCAAAUCACCACAGAUCACAGGCCUGUCUCGCAAGUCUCCACAGAUCACAGGCCUGUUUCGGAAGUCUCCACGGAUCACAGGCCUGUUUCGGAAGUCUCCACGGAUCACAGGCCGGUCUCGGAAGUCUCCACGGAUCACAGGCCGGUCUCGGAAGUCUCCACGGAUCACAGGCCGGUCUCGGAAGUCUCCACGGAUCACAGGCCGGUCUCGGAAGUGCCCACGGAUCACAGGCCGGUCUCGGAAGUGCCCACGGAUCACAAGCCAGUCUCGGAAGUGCCCACGGAUCACAAGCCGGUCUCGGAAGUGCCCACGGAUCACAAGCCGGUCUCGGAAGUGCCCACGGAUCACAAGCCGGUCUCUGAAGUGCCCACGGAUCACAAGCCGGUCUCUGAAGUGCCCACGGAUCACAAGCCGGUCUCGGAAGUGCCCACGGAUCACAAGCCGGUCUCGGAAGUGCCCACGGAUCACAAGCCGGUCUCGGAAGUGCCCACGGAUCACAAGCCGGUCUCGGAAGUGCCCACGGAUCACAAGCCGGUCUCGGAAGUGCCCACGGAUCACAAGCCGGUCUCGGAAGUGCCCAAGGAUCACAAGCCGGUCUCGGAAGUGCCCACAGAUCCUAAAGGGAACAGUGGUGAGCAAAUGGAGGAGACCGUGAGCCAGAUCAACAGGGAUCUGGACAAGCAGCAGGACACAGAAAGAUCCUCCUCCAAGGGCCAAGGAAAAAUAACAGACUUCUUCGCCCCAUCCACAAGUGCCCAAGCUCCUUCGGAUAAACAACGCAGAGCCCGAGAGGACGGCCCUCCACCGUCGCCACCAUACGAUUCCAAGUGGCUGGGAAGCCCCAUCAGUGAUCUGAGGAGAAUGCCACAGUGUGGUCAACCACUCCCACCACUGAAGAAUAUUUCUGACCAUCACACUGUCAUGAUCAGGACAGACCUCCUUCAAACAGGCAAAGUUCCUGUUCCCUAUCCCAACAAGUUCAGAGACACCUGGGACGAGGUCCAUGUGAAAAUGCCCUGUUCAAAGAGCAGCCUAUUCCCUGUAGGAAAUCAGGAACUGCAGGGACGGUGGGAACUCAUCCAGAAAGCUUUAAACAGAGAAUUUUGCAGUUCCCAUGAUGUGAAGAAUGCCAUAUUGAAGUACAAUGUUGCUCAUGCCAAGAGAUGGGACUUCACAGCUCUUCAUUUGUUCUGCAACAAGGAUCUGCAGCCCGACGACGUUCAUCAUCUGUUUAGGUCUCUGCUGCCUGAAAUGGUCCAAUUAGCACUGAGUGUGUCUGAGCUGUGCAACAAGCCCAUCCCUCUGCUGAAGGAAGGGGUGAACCACUCCAUCACCCUGUCUCAGAUGCAGGUGGCUUCCCUAUUGGCCAAUGCCUUCUUCUGUACCUUUCCCCGACGCAACUCCAGGAAGUCAGAAUAUUUCAACUACCCUGACAUCAACUUCUACAGGCUGUUUGAAGGCUCUUCCCCAAAGAAGAGGGAGAAACUGAAAACACUUUUGUGCUAUUUUAGAAGUGUAAUCGAGCAAAAACCUACUGGACUUGUGACGUACACAAGAAAGUGUUUGGAUCGGCCUCCAAAUUGGAAAAACUCCCAGAAUCAGCUCACCAAGCUUCACAUAACAUGUGUAGGAACCAUAGAAGACGACGGACACGGCAUGCUGCAGGUGGACUUUGCCAACCGGUUUGUGGGCGGAGGGGUCACCGGAUCGGGUCUGGUUCAGGAAGAGAUUCGCUUCCUGAUUAACCCUGAACUCAUCGUCUCUCGCCUCUUCACUGUAGCCCUGCUGCAGAAUGAGUGUCUCAUCGUCACAGGUACUGAGCAGUACAGUACGUACACUGGCUACGCAGACAGCUACCUAUGGGACGGCAAACAUCAGGACAAGACCCCAAGAGACACCUGGCAGAGGAGGUGCACAGAGAUCGUAGCGAUGGACGCUCUGAAGUUCAGGAACUUCCUCGAACAGUUUCACCCUGAGAAAAUGAACAGAGAACUGAAUAAGGCAUACUGUGGCUUUUCCCGCCCAGGGGAGACGAGUCAGGAUCUCUCUGCGGUCGCUACAGGAAACUGGGGCUGCGGUGCGUUUGGUGGAGACGCUAGGCUUAAGGCUCUGCUCCAGAUUCUGGCAGCCUCUGAGGCAGGCCGAGACGUGGCCUAUUUCACCUUUGGUGACAGCGCCCUGAUGAAAGACGUCUACGACAUGCACUACUUCCUCACACAGAGACACGUCAGCGUCGGGGCUCUGUACAGUUUGCUGGGUCAGUACUACAGCUCAAUGUGUCAGAGCUGCUUCACCCGCCGUCCCGACGUCAGCCUCUACUCCUUCAUCUACCAGGAGGCCAGCUCUGUCGCCCCCUAGACCAGAAACACACACGCAGGUCGGCUCCCCCUAGAAGAUCGGAGACGCCACGUCACGCAGCCCUGUCUCCCCCUAGACCAGAAACACACACACAGGUCGACUCCGCCUAGAAGAUUAGA